UUGUCGGAAUAGAGUCUGUGAUGUUCGGGCCGGGGGUCGCAUUGGGGUUUCGGGGGACGAGGUGCUACACUACUUAUAUUUUUCCUCUCGAGCAUUAAAAUUUUUUUUAUCAAAAUAUUCAGAAAAAACGAUUUGACAAUGAAAGAAAAAAUUAAAAAAAUUAAAGAAAAAAUUAAAAUAAAAAGCAAAGAAAAAUGUGGAGGAAAAUGGGAAAUUAACGGAAAAAUUAAUUUUUCGCCAUUAGAAGCAAAACAAUUUUAUAACAAAAUUUUGAAUUUGGCAAGAGAUUUCGAGUUUAAUAAAAAUUCAGGAAAAAAUAUCUUUCAAAUAAUUUAUGGAAAUGGAUUAUAUCACGAAUUAGUAAAUUCUGAUGAUGUAUUUACUGAAAAAUCCCAAAAUUUUCAAAAGUUUAUGACUAAAUUUAGAGGAAUUAUUUAUGAUUUUAAAUGGGAAUUAAUUUGGAGCUGUAUGUAA